GACUAGUCUUGAUCAGGACUGGGCGAUUUGUUUAUGUAGUUGCACGUGCGGGAAAAAACUGGGCCUCCAAACGCUCAUUGGAUAUUGGAGAGAAUAAGCACGAAACAGUCUUGAAAUCGUCCAAUUUUGAAAUUCUUAGUUUUGAACUGAGAGCAGUCAGAAGUACAACAGUCUGAAUAUGGAAGAUUGUGAAAUGAGUUAUACAUGGGGUUAUUCUUCAGACCUCUGGACCACCUUAAAUCAAAGUCUUCCAUGUCGAGAGAAAGAGGUUAAAAGUUUAAUAUCUCUGAUUGGUGAGGUGCUUGAUAACUAAAAGAGCGCUGACCAUAGAAGACUAGUUGAACAGUUUUGGACUUUAAAAGUAGUUUAUCUGAUGUACGUAAUGUUCGGCCAGGUGUAUAAAGUUCUAAAAGAUCUGAGAGAAAAGUCAGAUGUCUCCACCAUGUGUAUUUGUGUAUGGUCAUACAAGUACAGGAAAAACCUGUGUCGUUAAUACUAUAUUUAAAACAUUACAAUUACCUCAUGUUUUAGUGAAUUGUGUUGAAUGCUAUAAUGCCCGAUUCCUCUAUGAACAUAUCUUGAAUAAUCUACCUCAAUCUGUAAAGAGUUCAGAUCACUACAGAUGUGAUAAUAUGAAUGAUUUUGUUCGUCAGUUUCAACAGAUAGUAAAAGAUGGAUGCCUGAUUAAUGAAACAGUUUAUAUAGUUUUAGAUAAGGCUGAAAGAUUGAGAGAAAUGGAUGCUAAUAUUUUACCAGCAUUUCUUAGACUGCAAGAAUUGACAAAUCUUAACAUGUGUGUCAUGUUGAUUAGUGAAAUAGUAUGGGAGAAGUAUAGAACAGGAACUGGUUAUUGUGAUCCUUAUAUUCUACAUUUCCCCGAUUAUACAAAAGAUAAUAUGGUAGAGAUAAUGAGUUUAGAUUGUCCAACAGAUUUUGAAGUUGAUUUCUAUUCAAAUUACACAAAUCUUGUUCUCUCUAUAUUUCAUAUUGUGUGUCGAGAUCUGAAAGAAUUAAGACAUUUGACAAUGUUGAAUUUUGAUAAAUAUAUUGAACCAAUCCGAAAUGGAGAAGCUACAAUAAAUGAUUCUCGUAAGCUUUGGAGAAAUAUUGAACCUCACUUAAGAAAGGCUUUACAGACUGUUUAUCUCAGAGAAGUUUCUAGUGCUCAGUGGGAGAGACUACAGAAAGAACAGUCAAGUGAAAAUACAGGAGAUUCACAAACUAAAACUGUGAUGUUGAGUAGAAGCCAUGUGGAGUUACCGUUUUAUUCAAAAUACUUACUGAUCGCAGGCUACCUAGCUUCGUAUAAUCCAGUUAAAUCAGAUGCAAGGUUCUUUAAAAAGCGCUCUGCAAAAAUGACAAAAAGGGCUCACCUGGUUAAAAAAAAAGAAAGGGCCAGUAAUCAUCUAUUAGGACCGAAACCCUUCCCACUAGAUCGACUAUUAGCAAUAUUUUAUUCUAUAGUAGAAGGUCGAGUAGCUCCUACAGCUAAUAUAUUCUCUCAGAUUACGUCAUUAGUUAGUUUGCAUCUAUUGGGACAAACAGCUGGUGAUGAUCAGAUAGAAAUGCCAAAAUAUAAAUGUUUGGUUUCAUUAGAUUUUAUUCGUUCUGUCUCGAGAACAGUGAAUUUUGAAGUGAUUAAGUACCUGUAUGAUUUCAUUUAAACUUUUUGAAAGCUGAUAUAAAUCAAAGUCAAGUGAGAUAAAUGUUUGUGCUGUUCGACAGUGAAUUGUGUAUUGUGUUGCUUAAAAAGGGGGAACUUUAAGUGUGUGAAAGUCUUCUCUAAAGUUAAAAAAAAACAAAACAAAAAAAACUUUUAAGACAAGUAUGUUACAGAAGAACAAGAGGACUGGUUUAAAAGUAAGUGAAGCAUGGCAUACACUUUGAAAUGUUUUGUUAAUGUUUUGAGCACCAGUUUAUUCAUCCCAUUCCAUGUACAUAUUUGAUCUCACAUAUAUGAAUGUCGACAAUCUCUCGUCAUUUCAAAGUUCCAAAUGCCUGUAAAAAAAAAAAAAAAAAAAAUUAUGAAAAUGCCAUGUCUUGUUGAGAAAACUCAAAUUUAUAAUGAAUUCAAUUUGACAAAAUUUUUUUUAAAGAAAUAAGUCUUCAAAAAUUUAUGUUAAAUUAUUUGAAGAUACAGAGUUUAUAUUUACAUGUACAAAAUAACCUUAUUUAGGCUUAGAACAUUGAUAUGAUGGAAUAUUGCAUUACCACCAUAUUCUUGAUUCCUGAUUUGGGAUAAUCAGUGAUUAAAAGUUUAGUUACUUCUUCGAAGUUGAUCCCCGUUUAGCCUUAAUCAGCAGUCAAUAAUGUGGGGCUUAAUCUUUAAGUAGAUAUUGUAAAAUAUAUUAUUUAAUAUACUGUCCAUGUGAAGAAUUUGUUUAUAAAAUGGGAUAAUCAGUCAAAUUUGUCACAAACUUAUUUUGAAAAGAUCUCGAUAAAACAUGCUGAUAAGCAGUAUUAUGCAGGAAUUAGCAUAAAUAAAAUAAUUACCUGAUUUCAUACUUUUUUAUGGUGACUUCUGGAUAAAGAUGAAUAAUACUUUAAAAUCUUUUUCAGAUUUGAAAAUAAAUCAAAUUGUAUAAAGAAAUUCUUCGAUUCUAAAAUCAAAGAGACAUUAUCACUUUUGGCAAUUGCUUCCAAGAGCUUGUCAAUUUAUUAUAAACAUACGUAAACUUAUAGUAUUGUUGGAUUCUUAUUAGUUAUUGUCAUUUUGAAAAUGAAAUUAUAUUUCAAAGAAAUCCCUAAUGCAUUUAUUUCCUUUUCGAAAGUGAUAAUUGCAUCUCAAGCUUUUAUUAUUGCCUUGCAAAAGACAUGUUAUUAUUUUAGGAAUUUGUUUAAAACAAUAUUUCCAAGAGGCAAUGGUAAUUUAUCAUUUGGUUUGUAUUUUGUUAUCUAUACUAUAGGUAAUACUGUAGUUUGAUGAAUUUAAUGCUGUUUUGUUGAUGUAACAGAAGUAUAAACAUAUUUUAUUUCUGGGUAAAACUAGCACUGCUUUGAAAAUUUGAAUUUUUCGUUUUGGGUAAAUUUAUCUGUAAUAUGAUUCCUCAAAGAAUUUAUUUAAGAAGUAACAAUUUAUUACAUUAAUUGGUUGAAACAGUUCAUUUGUUGGCAAAAGAGCUCAUAUAUUGAGUUAAAAUUAGACAUUGAGUAAACAGUUCACAUGUUGAAUUGUACUGAUAAGUAAAACACUUCUUAGUAAAACACUUUACUUAUUGGUAAACAAAAUUUACUGAUUCGAUAAAUGAUUUUGUUCGUAAAUUAUUUUACUGGUUGGUUAAACACUAAAUAGAUAAAGAGUUCGCUUGUUGAUGAAAGACGUUACUUACUGGUAACUUGAUGGUAAAACAUGGUUUAGUUUCUACUAUGUCUUAGUUUAAUGGUGACCAUUUAGUUUACUGUUCAAUUUCUCUGAGAGGCAAUUAUUUUUUAGACAAGCAGUUUAAUUUCCAAAUGAGCAUUGUAAGUAAUGCAGAAAUUCUGUAACGAUUGCUGCUCCUUCACGUUGAAACUUUUGUCAAAUGAUUUCAUCACACUUGCCCUAUCACUCAUCAAAUCACGCACAAGGUCAAGAGAGGUAAAAAAAAAAAAAAAAAAAGCUAUCACAGUUCUAUUGGGGGUUUGAUAAAAUGAAAUCAUCAGGUCCAUGACAACUAGGUAGGCAAGUCUGUUGUUAGGAUAGGGUUAUCGUCAUUUGUUCAUCCAGUAUAAACUUCAAAUUGCAGACAGUAGCCAGUAAUGGCGUUGCAUAGGCAUCAGGGUUUUUUCCCCACUUUGUAGGUUUCUGGGGCAUAUAUUGUUUCCACUUUAGACAGUCGUAUUUGAUCAUCGGUUCAUCAAUAGAUAAAGUCGGGUUAGGGCCAAACAUUUUAGGGAAAUUACUAAGGAGUUUAUUGAUAAAUGGUCGGGCUUUACAAAAUUUUAUCAUUUCGAUCUUCAGUUACAUGAAGUGACCUAUUUACAAAAUUUAUCUUCAGUGUUCCAAAUUGGAGCAGUUCUCAGUACGGAACGCUUAUGUUUGAUACAUUUCCACGAUCAAAAAAUUAAACAUCCUGUUUUGACACGCUUAAAGUUUUGUAAUGUAGACAAGGCUUCUGAUCGCACUGAAAAAUUGUCAGCGAAAGGGUUAUAAUCAGUUACAUUCAUUCAUUAUAAUAAUCAAUUUUGGUACACAAGCCGUAACAUUGUUCUUUACUGAAGCAAACCCGUCAACGAUAUUUUCAGAUGGUGACAGAAAUCUCCAUACUUUUCAUUUUAUCCACAUUUCCUUCACAAUUCUUGGCACAAUGUCAGAAAUGGUUCAUGUCUUUACCCCAAAAUACUAAAUAUUUGUUUUCUGCCUUAAAAAGACAAACGUAAAUUUGGACAUCAUUGGAGGAAGAUUUAAUUUAGAUUUUAAUAAAAUGUAUU